GGCCUUAGUGAAGGAGGGAGCCUCGUUGAGCUGCGAGUGUCACACUCCACAGAGUUCACUCACGGAGGGGGGAGUGUGUAGGGCGUGGUUUGGGAUUGGGCCGACAUCAAUUUGUGGAUGCUGCAGUUUGCUUCCGCAUUCCCCAACCGUCAGAGCUCCAGUGCAGCGCGAGCCCCGUCGGUGAGGAGCUCCAGCGGCAGAGAAGAGACACAGGUGGCGGGAGAGGACCGUUCAUGGAGCCGCAGCCGAGCAUCACUGGGUGCGUACGUCCCGUUUCAGAGGCCUGCUGCUACAUUUAUUAAUCAAGUUUGGAGGACCAUGGCUUGAAGUUGGCAGUUAAAUAAGCAGCGGCGGAGUGACAAAGGAGCAGGGGAAGUGAAGCAGAGCAACAUGGCCGUCUUCAAGCCUGAAAAUGUGGAAGACUUCUAUGAGAUCGGCGAAGUUCUGGGAAGUGGGCAUUUUGCUCAGGUUCGAAAGGUCCAUGAGCGGGCCACCGGGACUUACUGGGCAGGCAAAUUCUUGAAGAUCCGCAAGAACGCGUGCAGCCGCCUGGGCCUGGACCGGAGCCGGCUGGAGGAGGAGGUGGACAUCCUGCACGCUAUCCAACACCCCAACAUCAUCACGCUCAAAGAUGUGUUCGAGAGCCGAGCUGAGGUGGUGCUCGUUCUGGAGCUUGUUACUGGAGGGGAGCUGUUUGACUUCAUUGCUGAAAAGGAGAACCUGCUGGAGAGUGAGGCUAUCGAGUUCAUGGAGCAGAUCCUGAAGGGGCUGGGGUUCAUGCACAGCAAGAACAUCGUACACUUUGACCUCAAGCCAGAAAACAUCAUGCUGUCAGACAGAGUGGCCCCGCACCCCAACAUCAAACUCAUCGACUUCGGCCUCGCACACCGCUUCCAUCAGGGGGAGGAGUACAGGAGCUCCAGCGGCACCCCGCAGUACAUUGCCCCUGAGGUGAUCACCAGUGACCCUCUGAGCACAGCAGCAGAUAUGUGGAGCAUCGGAGUUAUUACCUUCAUACUAUUGAGUGGUCUGUCACCCUUCCAAGGGGACACUGAUGAUGAAACGCUGAGGAACAUCAUCAUCAUGAACUACGAGUUCGCUGCUCAGUACUUCAGCAUGACCAGCUCCAUGGCCAAAGACUUCAUCCAGAAGCUGCUGGUGAAAGAUCCCAGUGAGAGGAUGACGGCAGAGGAGUGUCUGCUGCACCCAUGGAUUAAGCCCAUCACACGCACACAGGUGGCCAAAAGGAAUCGAUCUUCAAUCAAUAUGAAGAGCUUUAAGAAGUUCAACGCCAGAAGGAAAUGGAAGAUGUCCUACAACAUGGUGUGGAUGUGUAACCGGCUGGUCCGGUUGAAUCUGCUGUGUAAGGGACGCUCAGAGGCAGAUCCUCUGGAGAGACAAUGUGAAAGCGACGUAGAGGACGGCGAGAGCAAGCCGGCCUCCCUGCUGCGCCGCAGACUCAGCAGCAGCUCGUAGAGCGGGGGGAGGAUCCCUGAGGGGGGGUGGACGUCUUACAAGCACAGCCUCAUCUUACAAGCAUGUGUAUGUGGAAGAGCUCCAGGGGACAGACCAGCUGAGCAUUAGGCCUUUGAUGAUGCUGCUUGUGAUUGGGUGGUUACUGAUUUAGGGAAUCUUUUCAAUAUCACCAUGUGCACAAACAAGCUUUGAGUAGACCUUCUACAGAACAUUUUUACCUAUAUUUUUAUGUCCAAGUCUUCCGUGACUUUUAUGUGGAUGUUUUUUUCUCGUCAGCCAAAUGCAAAGUUAACCUUUACUCGUGUUGAAAUGUUGUCCUGUGAUGACUUAGUCAUGAAAAGUGAUGGAAAUACCAAGGCGAUGUAUUUUUUCUACACAGAUACAUAUAAAUACAGAAUAUAAUAUGUAAAGCUGUAUAAUUCAGACUUAUUUGUGAAAUAUUAAUAUAUAGCCCAUUCUUAUCAUAUAUUCCCUUAUGUGUUGGGUUGUAUGCAUGCCCCGUGUUGCUAUAGAUAUGAAAGUAGGCCUGCACCCAGGUAAUGUGUUAUUUCCCCUAGAGCAUGAAUAAAGAGUAUUAUAUUCUAUUUCAUACUGAUGUGUUGAAGCAACACAUUCAUUUGAAUGUACUUGAUCAGAUCUGCACAUCAUCACGGCUCACGUUGUGAGGGUUAGUUAAGCCAGAUACAGAAAGAUAUCCAGGUUGCCAGCUCAUGUUGAGUUCCCCAAAGUGUUAUGUUAGAAAUGUAUAGUAGGGUCUCCAGCACAUAUAAACUGCUGGGUGCUAACUUGCAUAUGUUGGGCAAUUUGGACCAUUAGCAUAACUUGUGUUAAUAAGCAUUAUACCGUUUUGAUAUUCCGCUGAAGUAUACGCUGUGACGUAAUAACUCUUCUUUUUUUAGGUAUAAAAGUCACGACAUAUAAACAACUGCAACGAAAGUAACAAACACAAUGCAAUAUCCUUUUCAAUUUCAAAGAACACAAAUUGGGUUAUUUACAGGUGUUGUUUUGUGUGGUAGAGGUUUGCGCUUUCAUUGAUGCCUUUUGCACCCCGGGCCGUUGUUUUGAUAUUCCGCUGAAGUAUAGGCUAUUUUUUUUCUUUUUUUCGAGGGAAGGGGGGUGUCAGAGGGCCUAGGUAUAAAAGUCACGGCUCGCCUCUGCUCAGCAUUUCCGGAUUCACUAUAUGACUCUGAGUUGGUACCAGACUAAUAACUACAGGUUUGUUGACUCUCAGCUUGUUUGCAACCUGUCACCAGCAGCAUCUCCCACAAUCCUUCACUGUUCUGAUCACAGUCUUGAGCAUUUCCUGAUGAGGCGGCUCAUUAGAGUCACAUCCCAUCACCCGAGUGCUCAUAUUUUCAGCCCCAGUGUAUUGUCAGCGAUGAAACCCUGUUCCCAGGUCUCAAUAAUGACUUUGGUGAGUUCACCAGUCAUGACUGAUGGAGGUGAUGGCCAGAGCGGAAAAAGCCAAACACUCGUAAAAUGUUUGUUUUUUUAAAGGGUAACUUGUGUAAUAUACUGUUUGUCCCAGAAUUGAAGUCUAUAACAUUAAAACACAUUAUCAACAGAACGUGAAGAGUUUUACGUUUUGUCAAAAAUGUCUAUGUAUUAUGUAGCAGAGACCUCUGUUGAAACUAGCAUGCUUACUGACUGCAGUGCUGUCUUAAUAGACAAAGAUGGAGGCCAUUAUCUUUCUGCCACAACACAUUAGACUCAAAAGCUUCACUCAGAGUCAAAGUUCACAUGAUGAGAACGCUGGAUGGCAGCAGGUUGAUAUAUUGGAUGAUGUGGUAGGGUAUAUUGGAUUUAAUAAACUGCAGUUGUGUUUAUGA